GAUAACAGUAAUUAACGUCAAAGUACCACUUUUCUUUGACCAUAUUUUCUUCUUUUAUUGACGUCGUGUGGUUGCCUUCGUUGCUUGUCUGGCCUCUCUCUCUACGUAUAUAUAUACACCCGCCAAGCAAUCUGCAAGCAGCUUUCCUUUGUCCCUUCUUCUUUCCUUGUAGUUCUUUGAGAUGCGCACCUCUUGUUAUCAUUUCUACUACUAACAUUAUUUAUUUACAAUUCACACUAUCUUUUCUUUUCUUCUCCCCCUGCACACGUAGACCCACACCGACAAUAUAUAUAUACACUAUAGAUCUCCAUUUCCUCGACUUAUUUUUUUUUCCUAGACUCCAUUUACUCAUUUAUGUGUUGCUUUGGCAACGUGCUCGGCUAACCUCCCUUACCCCCUUUUCUUCUGUUUUGCUUUGUUUUUCAGCUGCAGACACAGCACCCUCUCGUGCCGCGCUCGCUCUGCCGCCUGCGUCGUCCGCGAAGCGUGUCGCCUCCAUUUUCUCUUUUCUCCCAGACGUGCCGCUCUCAUAGAUAGAUACCGGCAAGUGCAGAGGCCUCUAGAGACUCCUCUUCGUUUGUCCUUGACGCCGUUUCUUGUUCCUUGUCACGUUUUGGCUUAGAGGCGCUUCUCGACCCGGUCAGAUUUCGUCAGAGCAUUUAGCACCUCUCUUUGCCUCUUUUUUCCUCCUGUGUCUUCUCUGCGCUUCCGUGCCCGUGGCAAGCCGAUGGACCGCAUGCAACGUCUUGGCGGGGUGCGCUCUGCCCCCGCGUACGGCCCGGACGGCGCCUCGCCUGUCACUACCGCCGAUUUGCCGAAGCCGACCUUCCAGCCGGGCACCAGCAUCUACGAGAUCGACAGCACCAACGGUAAGCUGCACAAGUUGACGUGCGGUCGUGUUCUCGGGCGCGGUGGCUUUGCGAAGUGCUACGAGGUGUCGGACGAGACCGGCACCUACGCUCUCAAGGCGGUGAACCGCGCUUCGCUGGACAAGCCCAAGACGCAGCAGAAGCUGCACACCGAAAUCGCCAUCCACAAGCGCAUGAAGCAUAAAUACAUCGUCAACUUCAUGCGCACCUUCCGCGACCGCUUCUACGUGUACAUGCUCCUCGAGAAGUGUGACCAUGGCACCCUCAUGGACCUGCUGAAGGUGCGCCGCCUCACCGUGCCGGAGACGCAGUACGUGAUGCUGCAGUGCCUCGCUGCGAUGCAGUACAUGCACGAUCAGUGCGUCAUCCACCGCGACCUGAAGCCUGGCAACAUCAUGCUGGACAGCGAGCUGAACGUGAAAAUUGGCGACUUCGGCCUCGCCGCAGAGCUGCAGUACGACGGGGAGCGCAAGCGCACGAUCUGCGGCACGCCGAACUACAUCGCCCCCGAGAUCAUCGACCACAAGAGCCACGGCCACAGCUACGAGGUGGACACGUGGUCGCUGGGCGUCAUUCUCUACACCCUGCUGGUCGGCCAGCCGCCGUUCCAGAUGGAAGACGUCGAGUCCACCUACAAGCGCAUCCGUCAGUGCCGCUACGAUUUUCCCUCCUGCGUGCCGGAGAACGCGCGCGACCUCAUCACGAGCAUCCUGCAGAGCAGCCCCAGCCACCGUCCCACACUCAUGGACAUCCGCCAGCACUCCUUCUUCUCCUCCCCGCCGCCGCCGCUGACGCCGCCGGAGUCGUUUGCCUCUUUUGGUCUGCCGGUGCCGGGUGCGUCGGCGAUCGAUGCCCCUGCCCCGACCUCGACCCGCGCCGGCCGCCGCGACUCGAACGUGAACAUGCACCACCCGCCCCCACCAGCGGUGGUGCCGUACAGCUGCGGCAAGGACGUGGUGCAGGUGCAGCGGGAGAUCCUGCGGCCCAUCAGCGCGAACGUGCCGCCGCCGCAAGGUGUGCCGACCUCGCCGCGUCUCCUCGUGAACCUCCGGCAGCAGCAGCAGCUUGCCUCGCCGCUUGUGAACAACAACAAUGGUGUCUACGCCCCUCCGCCGACCUCGACCAACGCGAACAACAACGCACCGUACUACAGCCGUCCCGGCUCUCCGCGUGGCGGCGUCGCGGCCCCCUCGUCCGGCCGCCGCCCCUCCAGCACCCACUUCCCGCCCAUCGACACUCGCCCGACCAGCCCUGCCUCGCCGACGGCCGGGGCAGUGACCAACGCGGCCGCUGCGGAGCGCCACCGUGAUGAGGUGAAGAUGAACGUCGACGAGGAGGAGAAGCAGCAGCUCACGGCGCUGCACGACCGCCUGCACGAGACGCUCUGCGGCGAGCGGGGCGGUGGCAACGACGGCGCGGACAAGGAGGCCCCGCCGCCGCCGGUGUGGGUGACGCAGUGCGCUGACUUCUCGAGCAAGUACGGGAUGGCCUACCGCCUCAACACCGGGCAGACCGGCGCACACUUCAACGACUCCACCAAGAUCGUGUGGGAGCCCAUCACGGACCGCGUGGAGUACUACGCGCGCGUGAAGAUUGAGAUGCCCGCCCGUGAUGGCACCAUUGGCCUCUUCGCGAAGGACGAGCUGCAGAUCUUCAACAUGCACGACUACCCUACCGCGCUGGACAAGAAGGUGACGCUGACGAAGUACUUCAAGACCUACCUCAGCCGGGAGCAGAACACCCCCAACAGGGUACAAGUUGUGACGUGCUCAUCCUUUGUGCCGCCUACGCCGGCGCGAAGCACCGACCCGCACACCUUCAAUGACUUCGUGUACGUGAAGCGCUGGCUGCGCGUUGAUGGGGCGCUGGUCUUUCGGCUGUCGAACAAAACAGUGCAGGUGUGCUUCGAGGACGGCGCGGAGAUCAUCCUCAGUUCGGAGUGGCGUGUGGUCACCUACACCGACCCGUCAGGCCACCGCCGCACGCUGCCGCUCAGCUCGGUUGCGACAGAAUGGGAAGAAGCAGCGGAGCGCCUGCGCAGCACGAAGAACGUGCUCUACAAAGUGAUUAAGGACCACUGCCUGUAG